AUGUCUGGGGCGCUAUACGGCGUCCCGGUCUGGUGCGAGGCUAUGAGGGCCAGCCGCAAAAUAUUGCGACAUCUGCAUUCCGUGCAGAGAUUGCUGGCCUUCCACAUUGUGCGCGCAUAUUGCACAUCUCCUAGCGACGCAAUAAUGGUCCUGGCGGGAAUUCCGCCUGCGGAGUAUUUGGCGGAGGCCCGAGCGUGGCUGUACGCUCGGGUCAAGGCCUCCUGCCUUCGGGGCAACACCAUCGCCCCGAGGACCAUGUCGCUGUGGAGAGAGAGAGCCCGACAGCGGGCAACUGAGGAAUGGCGAAAUCGUCUUGCCAUGGACCCGCCGACGGUGGGCACCCGGGUACUGAAGGUCGUCCUCCCCUACCUGGAGGAAUGGGUAGAUCGCUCUUGGGGCAGUCUUCCCUUCAGAAUGACACAGGUAUUUCCCGGAUCUCCCCAUGGGUGUUUCGGUGAAUACCUGUGUCGAAUAGGAAAAAAGCCGACAACGCGCUGCCACCACUGCGAGGCUAAAUUGGACUCCGCGCAGCACACGCUGAAGCAUUGCCCAACGUGGGAAGAGCUGAGCGAAGCCCUAAAAGGUGAGAUUGGGGACGAUCUCUCCCUGAGGGCUGUUGUUGCCAAGAAAGAACGAGAGGAACACCUCGGGAGAGGUCCUAGCGGAGUCGAUGUGGCGGUAUCCACCCGUGAGGCCGUGAGAGGUCGCAAAGAACUAGCAGCGCUCGCGGACGCAAAAGAUGAAUAG